AGCGUGGUGUCUGAUUGUGAUCAGCUGUGGGCCAGACUCUUCUCUGCUAAAAAAGAACAGGAAUUCACAGAGAACCCCAAAUCCACUCAACUGGAGCUGGGAGAUGCAUCCUCAUCGUACAGCCGGCGCCUGUGUUGCCGUGGUAACCGUGCCCCCAAAGCGAAGUACCAGCGCCUGGCACAGGAACUGCUGCAGGACCCAGACUGGCCACCGCAGCCCCAGAGCAGCACCAAGGCCAAACCCCCCUCCGCCCUCCACAGUGGACCCAGCGCAGCCAAACUCUGCACGGCCUCCUCUCUCAUCCAGGGGGAGGGCCAGGGCUGGGCUCGGAGCCCAAGUUUUGACCCCCCCCCCCCUCCACCCGGGGGUAAUUUAUUCAGUAACCCCAUCGCUGGAGCACUACAGUAG